AUGGCAGGCCCUACCCUCACUACACCAGGAGCAUCAGCACUCGAUCCCAGCAACUUCCCGCACAUCACCGACCUCAUUGUUCGCUAUGCCCCAGUGUCCGCACUUCCCAGCCUGCGCCUGACAUGUCGCGCUCUGUCCGCCGCCGUCGAACGUCGCCUGCAAGUGCACCUCAUCACGACUCCUCACGAAUCUUCCUCCGCCCUGCUUCACCUCUGGCACCGCGGCUGGGGCUACUCUCCGCACACGCGCACCCUCGACCUCUACUUUGAAGCUCCAACCCCAGUUCGAGAGGACGGUGUAUCACCGGAGCAAGCGGGGUCGUGCACGCUGCCGAACCUCAAGCACGUGCGCCUGAUCAGCUGGCUGGAAGACGGGAGCGCCAGAUGCGCGCCGCUGGUCACACGUAGCGUCAUCGUGCCCCUCCUCCACAGAUGUGAGGAUGACAUCAACCCCAUUGCUCCCCAGACAGCACUGGACCUGGUCAAGUUUGAACGCUUCAUCAUUGUGUAUCCGCCCGAGCCGCUCGACAUCGAGUUAUACCAGCUGCACCCUGGCCAGCGUGCGCCUGUUGAGGUCGUCGUUGUUGUGCCUCCCACUGCCCUCGCCUUCGACAUCAACAGCCCUCUGCCCUUCCCUGUCCGCGUCCCCGUGACCUUCCCCAACCUGCCUCCCCGCUUUGGAGACCUGCCCUUGCUCGCGGCGAACAGCAACUUCAUGACCCUGGCGUGUGCAGCGGGCGCCCUCUUCGACAGUGGACACCGCCUCACCGUCGUGGGCAUCUUGGACUGGGUUUUUCCACUGCGUGACAUGCUGCGCCUCAAGGAUGAUAACGUCUCUGGCACGGCUGCAGUUUCCGCUGGGAGUGAGGUGGCACUGAAGCAGCUCAUGGCGCGGUACCUCGAGACGCUUGGGUGCGCAUCGGAGAAGACGGAGGCGAUCUUGACAGGCGUCAAGUUCCCCUCCGAGGAAGAAUGGAGAGUCCAGGUCGGCGAGGAGGAGUAUCGUCUGGCAGUGGGCGCGUAUGCCGUGCGCAAGGCAUAUCUCGAUAGUGAGCACUUCUCGCCCUGGACUGCGGCAGCGGAGUGA